GAGUUCCGCCUUUCUUCUUCAGGCGGAGGAGGAGUACAGUUGGCGUAGUCGAUCUAGAACGUAGUUAAAUGCUUUCUGCCUUUCUAUAACAUCACCUCUUUCGUUUUCAUAGAGGAAGUAAAAUUAAUUCUGUGGUUACUUUGUCCAGACUGGAAGACAGCUUCACAAGAGACAGAAGUGCCGUUAUCUUCUGAACUUCGGUGAUUGAUUAGCAGUGUGAGCUCGGGGAGGUGACCGGAACACGGGCGGGACCGUCUCAACAUUACAACAUCAAGUCUCCUGCGUGCUCGGCUCGUUUUUACAAUUUUCUGUCCAAAAGGUUGGUGUAGUAGCCUGUUUUGUAGCCCACCAUGUUUAGCUGGUCCAGUAGGAACGGGAAGAAGGAGCCAGAGCUUUUUCAAAAUGUCUCCGAGGGGCUGAAGCGCCUGUACCGCCAUAAGCUCUUCCCUCUGGAGGACACCUACCGCUUCCACGACUUCCACUCCCCGGCGCUGGAGGAUGCCGACUUCGAUAAUAAGCCCAUGGUGCUUCUGGUCGGUCAGUAUUCCACCGGGAAAACGACCUUCAUCCGGCACCUGAUGGAGCAGGAUUUCCCCGGGAUGCGGAUCGGACCAGAGCCCACCACGGACUCAUUCAUAGCGGUGAUGUACGGCGAGCAGGAGGGAGUCAUACCGGGCAACGCGCUGGUGGUGGACCCGAAAAAACCCUUCCGAAAACUCAACGCCUUCGGAAACGCUUUCCUCAACAGGUUUAUGUGUGCUCAGAUGAAGAACCCUGUUCUAGAGAGUAUCAGUAUCAUCGAUACCCCAGGCAUCCUGUCAGGGGAGAAACAGAGGAUAAGCCGAGGCUAUGACUUUGCGGCGGUACUCGAGUGGUUUGCCGAGCGAGUGGACCGCAUCAUCCUGCUGUUCGAUGCGCACAAGCUGGACAUCUCGGACGAGUUCUCUGAGGUGAUAAAAGCCUUAAAGAACCAUGAAGACAAGAUGCGUGUGGUGUUGAACAAAGCAGACCAGAUCAGCACACAGCAGCUGAUGAGGGUGUACGGUGCCCUUAUGUGGUCACUCGGGAAGAUCAUUAACACGCCAGAGGUGGUGCGGGUCUACAUUGGCUCGUUCUGGGCACAGCCACUCCAUGUGCCAGAUAACAGGAAGCUGUUUGAGGCUGAGGAACAGGACCUUUUCCGAGACAUCCAGAGUCUUCCACGAAAUGCUGCCUUGAGAAAGCUGAAUGAUCUGAUUAAGAGGGCACGUCUUGCCAAGGUUCAUGCUUAUAUCAUCACCUCUCUAAAGAAGGAAAUGCCCAGCGUGUUUGGCAAAGACAACAAGAAGAAAGAACUGAUUGCCAACCUCGGUGCCAUUUAUGAGAAGAUAGAGAGAGAACACAACAUUUCUCCAGGGGACUUUCCAAACCUCAAGAAGAUGCAGGAACUCUUGGGUGGCCAAGACUUUGCCAAGUUCCCUGCCUUGAAGCCCAAGCUGCUGGAGGCUGUGGAGGACAUGCUGGCCAAUGACAUAGCCAAGCUCAUGGCACUUGUGCGCCAGGAGGAGGCAGCCAUGCCUUCUCAGGUAGUGAAGGGAGGAGCCUUUGAUGGCACCAUGAAUGGGCCUUUUGGCCACGGUUACGGAGAGGGUGCCGGCGAGGGCAUCGACGAGCUAGAGUGGGUGGUAGCUCGUGACAAGCCAUCCUAUGAUGAAAUCUUCUACACUCUCUCACCCAUUAACGGUAAGGUGUCGGGCGCUGCCGCCAAAAAGGAGAUGCUGAAAUCAAAGUUACCAAAUACAGUGCUUGGCAAGAUCUGGAGCCUGGCUGAUGUAGAUAAAGAUGGCUUCCUGGAUGAUGAGGAGUUUGCGCUGGCCAACCAUCUGAUCAAGGUGAAGCUAGAAGGCUACGAGCUGCCCGCCAAGCUGCCCACUCACCUGGUGCCCCCAUCCAAACGUGGGCAAGAGCAGCAGUGACACUCUGGAGCGCCUCAUUAACUCUUCAGCUGUGACUCAUUUCAGGCUUUGACUUCCCUAGCCAUUCCAGGAUUUCUUCCAAAUAGCACCUCAGCAGCUUUCAUCACUUCACCUCACACCAUGUUAUUAAAAUAAAAAACAGUUAGGGCUUUUGAGAGACUCUUCCAGUUGCUGUACAUAAGGCUCAGACCCCCGCCCCCCCCAACACACAUGUCUUGUAGUCUAGAGAAGUAGGUAGCAGUAUUCUACUUUCAUUUGUUCUUUUUGGUUCAAUAUGUUUUAUGUCCAUUAAUUUCCUCAGAGCUGUGAUUUUUGUUUUUGUUUUUUUGUUUAGAUUUUUUUGUGGUAUCUUAUUGCUGAAAAUUGAAUCUGGCCUGGUUAUAUAAUUAACUAAUCAUUCACACUCCACUGGGUUAUUAUAUGGAUUCUGAAGCUGGAUUAUAUGCAAGUGAAUAUCUGGAAUGGCUUUGGAUCCAAAGACUGAACCUGAUCUCAGAACAAGAACAAGAUAAACCUGUAAAAGACUUUGGGUUUUGAUGUGUAUGAAGACACCACUUUCAGCAGAGGGCUGUUAGAAAAGAUUGGAAAAUGCACUUUGCUGGUACCAAGGCAGUGGAUGACAGUUUUGGAGGAGCAUGGGCCAGGAGAAAUUGUUAUAGGUGACUAAUGGGGGAAAAAACAUAUGUGAAAUAUAUAAAUACAUACAAAUGAUAAAAUAUAUCCAUAAUCUUUGUUUGCAAACUUAACUUAUUCUUUCUUCUUUAAAUCUGUAUUUUUAUAUGUUGAAAUUUGACACUAUAAAGAUUUCUCUUGAUUUAUGUUCCUGCCUAUAAAGACUGUCAUGCAGUUUCAGUCUUUUUUUUUUAAUAGGUGGUGGGAUUUCAUGUAGUUUUGCUCCUCUUAUAAACUCUGAUGUUACUCUGAUUUAAAAAAAGAAUAAAUGUUAAUUAAAAAUCUAAUGUUAACCAA